AUGUCCUACUGGCCGGCGCUUUUACUCCUCGUCUUGGAAUUCCUGGAAGGUUUUUCAGCUCAACCCACCACUUCCUCUCAGAGAAAUGCUGGUAUUUAUUUUCGAAUUAAUCAGAAGGCUGUGGAUUAUAUUACAGAACUUGCCAGUGAUGCAAUGCCACAAAUCCUUAACAACAUGCAUCUGCCGGACGUCUCGGUCAGUUCAGCCACUAUAUCGAAAAUUCACAUCAAUCGAGUCGAGAAGCCGGAUAUCCAUGCGAAAUUCGUAGAGGGUAAAGGUGUGCGAGCAAACGUUAGCCUUCCAUUUUUGAGGACAAGCGCAGAUUGUACAGUGGAUUCAUUUUUUCCUCUUGAUGGAACAUUUGUGGUUGAACUGCAUAAUUUCACUAUCGAUUUGGAGCUUCAUGUCAGUCGGAACGAAUCGCUAGGAAUAAAUGUGAUAGAGAUCCCACACUGUGAAACUACACAUUCUGAUGUAGUGAUUUUGUUAGAAGAAGAUUCGCUGUUGACUCUUAUUCAGGGGAUGCUGCAGUCUACAAUUUCUGAUGCAGUAAAGUCAAAAAUUUGUGAGACAAUUUUGGAUGCCGUGAAAUUUGUCGACGCUCAAGAGAUCCAGUCAGUAGCUUCUGUGAAUUCCACCGCAACAACGCCUUCAAAUGUGUAUUCGGAAGAAUCCGUGUUUAAUCCAGCAGAAUUUGGUGCAAGUCUCUGUGAAGUGGAAAGACUACAGGGGUCAACAGAUUCACCGUUGAUCACCGUGGACAGCAACGAGACCUCGACGCCAGGUACAUGGAGCGCUAAUCUCGAGGUUGUCUAUCCUCCCAGAUUCACCAAUGAUGAAGUGGUCUUUGGCGUGGAUGGAGGAAUUUUGUUCAACGGCGAAGCGGCCACGAAUGUCGACACGCCAUCGCUGUUGAACGUAAGCGUCCUCCAUGACAAGAUGGUUGGAAUAUUGCUAUCCGAUUCCAUACCGAACACCUUAUUCUCUCAUCUUUUCAUUAAUGGAAUGGGAAAUGUGUAUCACAGAUUCGAGUCACAUCAUCUACCAAAACCUGUGCGGAAACUCGCUAACAUGUUCUGCUCGAAAUGUUACCUGGAAAUUUCCGCAAACGUCACCGAGCAACCACGAGUAGAAAUCAGCGCAAAAUUCGGUGCAAGAGUUGAGUUGGCUGGAAAUAUCCUGAUCCAAUUUCAAGGACGAGACGAACUGCACAAUCUUAUCUAUGCUACCACAAAACUUCACCUCACUCUGAAACCAACAAUUAGACAUUCACGUCUCUACGGCGACGUUUCCCUUACGCAAGUCGACGUGAAAGUUUUCGAUUUGGGUAUGGGUGGAAUUCUUGCGAAACCAAUUGAGAAGAUCGUAUCGUUCAUAGUACCACGCGUACUAUGGCCACAAGUGAAGAAACGUAUUCGAUUCGCUCUCAAUAGAAGAGGUAUCCAGCUUCCUGUGCUCUGCGGUGUGGAGCUGGAGCAUCUCUCGUUAUCAUACAUCGACCAUGCGGCCGUUGUCAAUACUGAUUUCAAGUUCGAUUUGCCACUUUUUGUGAAAAAAUUCAAAAUUUACCUCAUUAAAAAAGCCGAAAUGUUCGAUGGUGUGCCUACGUACGUGGAGAUCUGA